AUGUUCUUCGGUGCAGUGUCUGUCAGCAUCAGUACUGCAGGGAUUCUCUGUAGCUCAACUCAGACUCUCCCACAGAAGAAAGCCAAAGAUCUAGUGAAAGCCUGUAGACCACGUGCAGGCAGAGACAAGGUCGUCCUGACAGAGGCUCAGGGUAUAUCUGGUGUGAGUCUGACCAGGGAUCAGGUGGAGGUUCUGGGAAAUAUGGCCUGCACACUGGACUCCUCCUACAUCCAGAACUCUGACCCUUUCAUUUUGGAGAAACUAAAGAACUGUGAAGAUCUUUCUGAUUCUCAGGUCACCGCUGUACAGUCACUGCUCCUCAGUGGAAACACUGCUUAUGGUAAUCCAUCAACAUGGAAUGAGCAGACCGUGGAACAACUUGGCAUCCUGGUUGUCUAUUUCAAAUCAGGCCUCUGUGACACAAUUGGCUUUAAUGUCAAGAGGAAGUUAUUUUCAGUCCUGAGGGAGCAGAAGAUCCCACUGAUAAAGCUUAGGACAUUCUUCACAGAAUGCAACUCAGAAAGUACUACAGUGAGCAACAUUACAGCAACAACAAUUGCAGAUGCAGCUUUUCCUUUCGGUUUUAAUGCCAUCCAGUUUGAUCUGUAUCUGGACAUCACCGUCUUGCAGGAAAACCUGGCAGCUAUCACUGAGAGAGUGGUGGACACCAGCCUCCAGACGGUCAUUCUUAACAAGUUAAACCAGAUUUUCCCAUCAGGCCUUGGUGAUCAUGUGCUGCAACUACUGGGUUCAACUUCUCGUUUGGCCACAAUUGAUGACAUUAGCAAGUGGAACAUUACUAUGAUUGACACACUGUCCUCUUUGAUGGAUUCAAAUGAUGGAUACUGGGAACCAGAAAAGGGAAAAGCAGUAAUUAUGAGGUAUCUGAGCAUGGGUGAUCACUCUCUGGGAAGUGCUGAAAUAAAUGUCAUUGGUUCCUACAUCUGUACAUUAGACAUCAGUAUACUGGAAAAUAUCACUCCUGAGAGCUUAAUGAUGGUCCUGUCUCCAGAUCUGUCCUCAUGUUCCUUUGAACAGAAAUCUACUCUGUACAUCAUUGUCAAGUAUUCAUUUAGCAACUUUCACAGAAGUGCCACAAUAUACUACCAGCUCAUGAUACCUUACCUGGGUGGUGCUCCAGUGGAGGAUAUCGAAUUUUUAUCCACUCAGGACAUUAACAUGGACAUCACUGUAUUCAUUAGUCUGAACCCUGCUGUUUUCAAGACCCUGAAUGUGAGCACAGUGAGAGGUCUAAUGGGUAUAAACAUUGCUGAUCUGAAACUGUUUGAGUACUCCUCAGCAGUUCAGUCCUGGGUGUCACAACAGAACCAAACUGAUCUGGACACACUGAAUCUUAGCAUCAUCAACCGCAACCCUUGUUAUGGUGUAAACAGUGACCGACUUGAUAGUGAAUUUGCAUCCGGAAAUGUCUCUACAGUACUAUGUAACUUUAGCAUUUCUGACUAUGCCUGUUCACCGGUUGCUGUAUUGUCAUCUGAGGAUCUGUUCACUCUGCUCACAUGCAAACUGCCAAGCAGCCUGAAAUACUCUAAAGAUGCUUGGAAGUUGUUCUUCCAAACUUUUGCUGGCUCUUUGGGUGACGCAUUGCAAAGGUUUUCAAGCAUGACAGAUAAGAGCAUUCAGACUGACCCACAUAUACUUGAUGCUAUCUGGGAGGUGAUAAUCAAGGACUUCACUGCAGCACAGUUGAUGAAUGCCACUUUCAUCAACGAGUGGUUCCAGAUGAGGCUCAGACCAUUGUUUUCAUCAGCAUCCACAGACUUUCUAUCCAGCCUCAGUUUCACAAAAUUCAGCUGUGAGACCUACCAAAUUGUUGUGAAAGCUCUCAGUAGUCAAGAAUCACUCAUGACAGAGAAACAGAAGCAGCUGGUCUUUUCUUCAUUCAUCUUUCCUUUCCUCUCAAAAGAUGGCUCACCAGAUCCUGGCUGUGUUUCCACAACUUCAGGCAGCAAUGACUGGCUUUUAACGAACCUUGGCAGUUUCUUCAAUUAUGCCACCUUGACAGAGCUGAAGAUUUUAAAUGCAAAUUUCUCUAGUGUUGCAGUGUUUGGUUUACUGUCCAUUGAGCAGAAGGCUCAGUUCAUCUUGCAGCCGGAUACAGGAGUGUUGGAAAAUGACUUAGUGAUUAGAGAGGUGUUUAGCAGUAUGAUCGCAUCUUUUGAUCUCAAUCAACUUGGCAUGUUCUUCACAAACUUCAGCCAGACUGCAAAACAAAUGAACCUCACUAGCAUUCCUUCAGCAAUUUCAGACACCAUUCUGAACAUAACACUCUUAGAUCUGGUGCCUCACUUCCAACAUUUCAGCCCAGAGGACUUUGCCCUGUGGUUCCAUAAUUACCUUUCCAUCUUACUUCCUGGUAUUGGUUCAAACACCCUGUCGAUCAUCCCCAUGACCAUCGGCUGUGAAUCCUACAGAGAGAUAGUGAAAGGACUUGAUAAUGUGUACCGUGACCUCUCUGCAACACAGUCCAUCACUGUUUUCAAUUACAUACAAGACUAUCUCAAGUACCAGUCCAGCCAAGGCCUGAGUUGCUAUGGUGGUGGAAGCUUUUACAUGUUCCUGAAACAGUUGUUCCUCAGUUUUGGAUUCCCUGACCUAAUAGACUUCCUGUCUCUUAUCCCAGAUGACCGACAGACAGAGCUCUUGAGCUCCAUCUCUCCAGAAGAACUUGGUGAGUUUCUGAACAGACCGAACACAGUUGUUAAUGGUUCCCAGCUCUGCACACUACUUGACAAGUACAGUAGGACCAAUCAGUACCUGGAGAUGGAGCCUGUUUUGUCCUCAGUUCUGGCCAGCCAAACAUUGGAGUGUGUGUGGCCUCGUGCUCUCAGUGCCUCAACUCAGGCUGAUGUAGAACAGUGGUUUAAUGUUAUACUGGUUCACUACCUGCCCUACCUCAGAUCUCAGCUCAUCAGCUCCACCCAGCUCAGUGGUGCCUCUUGUCUGUCAUACAGGAAACUGGUGUCUAUCCUGGGGGACAACUUUAAUUUUUCUGCAGCUGAUUUCUCCCCAGCUGAUGUGUACAGCUCUAUAAAAGUGUAUCUGAGAAGUGGCAAUGCCAGCCCCCGCUGCUAUAACUCCUCAGAUCCUUUUCUGAACUCCACUGCCUGGUUUGCAGACAACAUUGGAUUCUUCAUCACCUUCAUCACCCUCAGUGAUCUACAAUCCUUUCUAUCAGGAAGCAUGUCAAGUGUGUUCCUGGAGAACUCUGAAAACCUUCAGUUGUUCAACAACCCAGGAAUUUCAGCCAGUGUCUUGGAGUAUUAUACAACACAGUUGUACAUCCAGAAUCCUGACUUCAGCCCUCUCGGAUUGCCUGCUGAGCUGCUGUGUCAAAGUCCUGCCUCCGUGUUUGUUUUUCUUGGAGAUGCAGACAUUCAGACAAUCCUGACUAGCAUCAACAUCUUCUGCACAGAAAUAAAUCCAGAGGUCACAGCGGUGCUGGUAGCAAAGUUCCCUGAUAUAUCUGCAGCCACCAUCCAAACAUUGGGAAGCCAGUGUGGGCUUGACUGUGGGCCAGAUAAACUCCGCCUCCCAAUGUGA